AUGUCUUUUCGGCUAGACUACAGCGAUAGCGAUGAAUCGGACGCCGAUAAAGCCUCUCCUAAACACUAUGACGGAGUCUCGCGUAGCUCUAAACCCUCCGUAUGUAGUCCCGUUCGCUCUAGGAAUUUGCUAGAUUUUAGUGACGAUCCAGAUAACGACACUAACGAGGACAUUACAAACAUUCCUCUUAACUAUAGGCGUUCUGAGAAAACCAAGGUUCGCGGGAAGGAUCCUCACGGUGGCCCUCCUAUACUUCUAGUAGAGAUCAGGUUAGAGCACACGAAGCGGUUCCUCGGGUCUAAAGCUAUUAAUACUUUUAUAUUUCCUAAAAUCAUCGACGACCCCUCUCUUAUCUUUAGCCCGCAUAUAUUCAUCUUUAGUAUCCUCUUCUAG